UCCCCUCCUCCUCCUCCUCCUCCUGUCCUGGUUGUGCUGGUGCGGAGCUGUGAUGGCCGGGCGGCGGGUGUAGCGGGUGUAGAAGAUGUCGGGGGAGGUGCGGUUGCGGCAGUUGGAGCGGUUGUUGGUGGACGGCGGAGCGGUGCGGGGCGGAUGGAUGAGUGUGGAGAGUCUGCUGGACUCGCUGCUCUGCCUGUACGAUGAGUGCUGCGCCUCCCCGCUGCGCCGCGACAAGAACAUCCACGACUACAUCGAGUGGGCCAAACCAUUUGCCCAUAAAGUGAAGCAACUACGGCUACACAAAGAAGACUUUGAAAUCUUGAAAGUAAUUGGAAGAGGAGCUUUUGGUGAGGUUGCAGUGGUGAAGUUGAAGCACACGGAUAAGGUGUUUGCCAUGAAGAUCCUGAACAAAUGGGAAAUGCUGAAGAGAGCGGAGACAGCCUGUUUUCGGGAAGAGAGAGAUGUCUUGGUGAACGGAGACAGUCAGUGGACCACCACGCUACACUAUGCAUUCCAGGAUGACAACUAUCUGUACCUGGUUAUGGAUUACUAUGUUGGUGGAGACCUGCUUACUCUUCUCAGUAAAUUUGAAGACCGGCUGCCGGAGGAAAUGGCUCGUUUCUACCUGGCCGAGAUGGUCAUGGCUAUCGACUCUGUUCACCAGCUGCACUAUGUCCACAGAGAUAUUAAACCUGACAACAUUCUGCUAGACAUGAAUGGACACAUCCGGCUAGCAGAUUUCGGCUCCUGUUUGAAACUAAUGGAAGAUGGAACAGUCCAGUCCUCGGUGGCAGUGGGAACACCAGACUAUAUCUCUCCUGAAAUCCUCCAGGCUAUGGAGGAUGGUAAGGGGAAAUACGGUCCAGAGUGUGACUGGUGGUCUCUGGGGGUCUGUAUGUAUGAGAUGCUGUAUGGAGAAACUCCAUUCUAUGCCGAGUCCUUAGUGGAGACGUAUGGGAAAAUCAUGAACCACAAAGAGAGGUUCCAGUUCCCUGCACACUCGGACAUCUCUGAAAAUGCGAAGGACUUAAUAAAACGGUUAAUUUGCAGCCGGGAGCAUCGUCUGGGUCAGAAUGGGAUUGAAGACUUCAAGAACCACCCAUUCUUUGCUGGCAUUGACUGGGAAAACAUUCGCAACUUAGAAGCACCUUAUAUCCCAGAAGUCAGCAGCCCAACCGAUACAUCCAACUUCGAUGUGGAUGAUGAUUGUUUAAAAAACAGUGAGACGAUGCCUCCGCCAACACAUACAGGCUUUUCCGGACACCAUUUACCGUUUGUUGGGUUUACCUACACAAGUAACUGUGUAUUAUCAGAUAGAAGUUCUCUGCGCCUGGCAUCAGGGAUUGCCAAUACAGAGCUGGACGCCAAUGUACAGCGCACUUUAGAAGACAGCCUAGCAACGGAGGCAUACGAGAGGCGGAUACGGCGGCUGGAACAGGAAAAGUUGGAGCUCAGCAGGAAGUUGCAAGAAUCCACUCAGGCUGUGCAGGCUCUUCAGCAUCCAACUGUAGAUGGACCGGUCACUGCAAAUAAGGACUUGGAAAUCAAAUCAUUGAAAGAAGAGAUAGAUAAGCUGAAGACACAAGGAGCCGGACAACUUAAUCAGCAGCUGGAGAAGAGCGGAGUAGCAAGACAGGACUUGGAGGAUUUUUCUAAACAACUUAAGGUGUUUGAGAAGCAAGUGAAAGUCCUGAAGCAGGAGAAGGAGGAGCUCAAUAAGGAGCUCACAGAGUCCAGUGAGAAGCUGAAGUCCCAAACCAAAGAGAUGAAGGAAACCCAGAGUCAGCAGAAGCAGACUCUACAGGAGAUGAAGGAGCUGAGUGAGAGGUUGACGGAACUGCGGUCUCAGAAGCAGAAGUUUGUCCGCCAGCUCCGCGAUAAGGAAGAGGAAAUGGAGAGUGUGGCACAAAAGGUGGAGGCAUUGCGGCAAGAACUGCGGAGGACGGAACGAGGCAAGAAAGAGAUCGAGGCCCAGGCUGAAGCUGCAGCAGCUGAAGCCUCCAAAGACAGAAAACUGCGCGAACGGAGCGAGCAAUAUGCCAAACAAUUGGAGAAUGAGCUGGAAGGUCUCAAAAAACAGACAGGCCGCACUCCAGGAUUUGGAAACUCAGAACAGCAGCAGGAAAUCAACAAGCUGAGGACAGACCUGGAGAAGAAGAGAGUGUUCUAUGAGGAAGAGCUGUCCAAGCGUGAGGCUCUGCACACUGCCGAGGUCAAGAGUCUGAAGAAGGAGCUGCGGGAAGCGGAGAGCCAACAGCUGACCCUGAAGAAGGAGACCAUGAUCCUAAAAGACAAGCUGGAUAAAAUACGGAGGGAAAGUCAAAGUGAAAGAGAAGAGUUUGAAGCCGAGAUAAAGCAGAAGUUUGAACGGGAGCGGGCCCUCCUGUCCGAUGAGAACAAGAAGUUCUCCAAUGAACUUGAUAAGCUCACCACCAUGCUGGAGAGACAGAGCACCAAUAAUCGGCAGCUGGAGGAGGAGAUGAGGGAUCUGGCUGAUAAGAAGGAAUCGGUGGCUCACUGGGAGGCGCAGAUAACCGAAAUCAUCCAAUGGGUGAGUGAUGAGAAGGAUGCGCGGGGAUACCUUCAGGCCUUGGCUUCUAAAAUGACGGAAGAGCUGGAGACUCUGAGAAAUUCCAGCCUGGGAGCUCGAGCCACGGACAUGCCUUGGAAGAUGCGACGUUUUGCCAAGCUUGACAUGUCAGCCAGGUUGGAGCUGCAAUCUGCUCUGGAUGCCGAAAUUCGGGCCAAGCAAACCAUCCAGGAGGAGCUCAACAAGGCCAAGGCAGCCAUAAUUGCUACAGAAUGUAAACUGCAGGAGUCAGAGAAGAGGAAUCAGGAGAUGCUGGCAGAGAUUGAGAAGCUAAAAUGGGAGACUGAAGAGUUCCGAUCGGAGAAAGGUGUCAAACAUCAGGAAUCCCAGAAUUCAUUCUUGGCAUUUCUGAAUGCACCUACCUCUGUGCUGGAUCACUUUGAGCGAUCUCCGUCCUGCAACCCGGCCAGUAGAGGCAGACGUGUAAGAGGCUGUCUUGCUUUGUGUGCUCCCCCUUUUCUGCCUGUGAUGGAUUCAGUGGACAACUUUACCCUAUCCAAUACGCCGUCACGUGACGAAGAUGCGAAAUCUCAGGUCAUAUCGCGCUCCAGGUCGCCUUCAACUAUGAGUGACAUUGAGCCUGGUGAGACUACAGAUCACCCUCCACGUUCAGUACAGACACCAACGUAUAGGUCUUCAUACCUGAGUUCUGGCUCCUCCACACCUAAGCCCAAAGCUCAUCAGUUUGUUGUGAAGACUUUCGGCACGCCAACAAAGUGCAACCAGUGUACGUCAUUGAUGGUGGGCCUGAUCCGACAGGGCUGCACCUGUGAAGUGUGCGGUUUUUCUUGCCAUGUAACUUGCGCAGAUAAAGCGCCCUCAGUGUGCCCCAUUCCUCCUGAACAGACCAAGGGACCACUGGGCAUCGACCCUCAGAAAGGCAUCGGAACGGCGUAUGAAGGACACGUUCGAGUGCCCAAGCCAGCGGGAGUGAAGAAGGGAUGGCAGCGAGCACUGGCUGUUGUGUGUGACUUCAAACUUUUCUUAUAUGAUAUUCCAGAGGGGAAAUCCUCUCAGCCUUCUUGUGUGGUGAGCCAGGUCAUUGAUAUGAGAGACGAGGAAUUUGUUGUCAGCAGUGUCCUGGCCUCAGAUGUCAUCCACGCCAAUCGCAAGGACAUUCCCUGCAUUUUCCGAGUAACCGCUUCUCAGCUCUCACCAUCCAGCAACAAAUGCUCCAUUUUACUCCUGGCGGAUAGUGAGAGUGACAAGAGUAAGUGGGUGGGGGUACUGAAUGAACUGCAUCGCAUUCUGAGGAAGAACAAGCUAAAAGACCGAUCAGUCUACAUACCUAAAGAAGCCUACGAUAGCACACUGCCGCUCAUCAAGAACACCCAGUCCGCUGCCAUCCUCGAUCAUGAAAGAAUAGCACUUGGAAAUGAAGAAGGGUUAUUUGUUGUUCAUGUCACCAAAGAUGAGAUUAUCAGAGUCGGGGACAACAAGAAAGUCCAUCAGGUGGAGCUGAUCCCACAAGAGCAGCUCAUUGCCGUCAUUUCUGGGAGAAAUCGCCAUGUCCGCCUCUACCCCUUGGCUUCCCUGGAUGGCAGAGAGACUGAGUUCUUCAAGCUGGCUGAAACAAAGGGCUGCCAGGGCAUAGCAUCCGGCCAGGUGCGGCAUGGCGCCCUCACCUGCCUUUGUGUGUCUAUGAAGAGGCAGGUACUCUGCUAUGAACUUAACCAAAGCAAGACCCGCCACAAAAAGAUCAAGGAGAUCCAGGUCCCGGGCAACGUCCAGUGGAUGGCCAUAUUUAAUGAGCGUCUGUGCGUGGGUUAUCAGUCGGGCUUCAUCAGGUACCCGCUGCAUGCAGAGGGAAGUCCUUCCAGCCUCCUCCACAAUGAUGACCACACAUUGUCCUUCAUCACGCAGCAACCCACGGAUGCCAUAUGCGCGGUGGAGAUCUCAAAUAAGGAAUACCUGCUGUGUUUUAGCAGCGUUGGGAUUUAUGUUGAUUGCCAGGGUCGAAGGUCACGGCAACAGGAGCUGAUGUGGCCGGCGGUUCCUAUGUCUUGCUGCUACAAUGCCCCGUACCUCUCUGUUUACAGUGAAAACGCAGUUGACGUCUAUGACAUCAAUUCCAUGGAGUGGAUUCAGACCAGUCCAUUGAAGAAGGUGCGUCCAUUGAACACAGAAGGCUCUCUCAAUCUUCUAGGAUUGGAAACUGUACGGCUAAUCUAUUUCAAAAAUAAGAUGGCCGAAGGGGAUGAGCUGGUGGUUCCUGAGACGUCGGACAACAGCCGGAAACAAAUGGUGAGGAACAUCAACAAUAAACGGAGGUACUCCUUCCGUGUCCCGGAGGAGGAGAGGAUGCAGCAGAGGAGGGAAAUGUUACGAGACCCAGAGAUGAGAAACAAACUGAUUUCCAACCCCACAAACUUCAACCACAUAGCACACAUGGGUCCCGGUGACGGCAUCCAGAUCCUGAAAGAUCUUCCUAUGCCGAGGUCCCCUUAUCCAUCCCCCCUCCGCCAUCACUCCAGCCUGAUCUCCACUCCGAGCAACUUUGAGCACGUCUAUCACAUGACUGUAAACUCUGCUGAAAACUUCCUGUCCUCCGAACCCGCACACCCCACCUCUUCCUCCUACUCCUCCCCGUCUCUCAGUACCACCCCUGUCAAUCACAGGAAUCCCCGGACCCAGGACAGUCGGUCGAUGUUCAGUGGUUCUGUCAGUAUUCCGUCAAUCACCAAGUCGCGCGGUGAGCCCGGCCGGUCAAUGAGUGCCAGCAGUGGCCUCGCUGCAAGGUCAUCGCAAAACGGUAGUGCGCUACGGCGAGAAUUCUCGGGAGGGAGUUAUGGAGCAAAGCGGCAGCCUAUGACGUCGCCGUCCGAUGGGUCUCUAUCUUCUGGAGGACUUGACCAAGGAAGUGAUGCCCCAGCUCGGGAAUAUGAAAGAGAGGACUCGGACUCACCAAGACAUUCGACGGCCUCCAACAGCUCCAACCUCAGCAGCCCACCAAGCCCGGUGUCCCCUCACAAGACCAAGAGCAGUUCCUUAGAGAGUUCGGACCAUGUCAGCUGGGACGCAUGAACUUCACGCCCCUCACCGCUGCUUAAAAAAGAACCGCCUAAAAUCCAGCUUGUCCGGGACUGGCGUGGAGGGGCCCCCCGAUAUCUUACACAGCUCAACAACGCAGCACCGUGAUGCCUGGGACUCGUAAGGAGGCAGCUUGUUGUGGAACAAACCUUCUAGCUAGUAGAAUUGGUUGCUUUUCACACAGUUUACAAUGUGGCUUUGUUGCCAUAAAAUCCAUUAGCCACAAGGAAAGGCAGCAACAAGCUCGAAAAUGGUGCACACAGGAAACAACCAUUUUGGGGGAGAACGGUGGGGAAUUGUGGGAUGGGAGUUAGGGGGAGGGGGAGAUCCAGUGCCGCCCCCGGUAGCAGCCCUCAGACUUGAGGAAUCGGCACUGUGUCACCUCUCCCUCUCGCGGGACCUCAGACAUUGAAUGUUACCCCGGCUGUCCGUUCACCCCCCCUCCCCCACCUUGCGUCAUCGGUAACGUAUUUUACUAUGAAAGAGUUUAAUCUAAAUAGUACAUCGCAUAUGUAUAUAUAAGGAUGAUGUAUUCCUCUGAGAGUAGAGCAUAUUUAAAGAAAAAAAAAAAAAAAGAGAG